UUAGUGGGAGGAGCCGUUGUAAUAGUGCUGAUUGCAUUAGCGACAUGGGCUAUUAUCUCCAUGACACCUCCACCUUCUAAGAGAUGCGGCACUCCCGGUGGACCGCCUAUCACCGCCCAGAGGAUACGUCUCAGCGAUGGUCGCUUUUUGGCUUACCAAGAAUAUGGAGUUAGCAGACAAAACGCCACCUUCAAGAUCCUCUUCGUCCACGCUUUCUCCACCUUUAGGCGUGACGCUAUUAUCGCAACCCGUGCUAGUCCUGGGUUUCUUGAGAAAAACGGAAUCUACGUGGUAUCAUUUGAUCGACCUGGUUAUGGAGAGAGCGAUCCUCAUCCCAGUCGCAAUGAAAGGACUUUAGCUCACGACGUUGAACAACUCGCUGACCAGUUACAACUUGGUUCCAAGUUUUACGUGGUUGGAUACUCAAUGGGGGGCCAAGCGGUUUGGGGUGUUCUCAAAUACAUCCCUCACAGGCUCGCUGGAGUCACGCUGCUUUGUCCUGUGAUCAACUCAUGGUGGCAGAGUUUCCCGGAGAGUUUGACUUGGGAGCUAUGGAACAAGCAGUCUAAAACCGAAAGGUUCACGAUGCUCCUCACUCACCACACUCCGUGGCUGCUAUAUUGGUGGAACAACCAGAAGCUGUUCAAAACAUCAGCUGUGAUGGAGUCAAGCCCUACGAUAUUCUCUCCUCAAGAUAUGGCUGUACUGCCCAAACUCGCCGCAAGGAUGGCUUACAAGAACCAAACAACGCAGCAAGGGACACACGAAUCAUUGGACCGAGACUUGAUUGUCGGAUUUGGGAAGUGGGGUUUUGAUCCGAUGAAGAUCGAGAACCCGUUCCCAAAAGGUGAAGGAUCGGUACAUCUGUGGCAAGGGGACGAUGAUCGGCUCGUCCCGGUGCCGCUACAGAGGAUCAUUAGUCAGAAACUAAGUUGGAUAAAGUAUCAUGAGAUUCCAGGAGCUGGUCAUUUGUUUCCAAAUGCUGAUGGUGUGCCAGAAACUGUCUUGAAGGAGCUUUUGCCUAUUCCCCAAGCAUCUUAA